CUGUGCCUGAAGAUCAGAGGGUGACAUGCGCAUUGCACGGAGCGCUCACGAGCCGCGGACACAAUGCUGGAAAAUAAAGCGCGCAGCUUGCUUCUUGAUAUCUUGCAGUCCCUCAAUAAGCUGUUAUGACUUGUCCCAUCAGGAAAGUCUCAUUCUUGGAAUUCGGUACUGGUAAAUUGACCCUGCGGACUGGUGGAGGAGGUGGAUGUGCUGUGCUUUUGGAGCUCAGUGGGGACCUGUUGAUAGCCCGCCGGCGCUGCAAUGGAGGUGCCAAACAGAGAUGAAUGACGUGUAACUGAGACAGAAAGUCACAAAGACACAAUUUAUCCAAACAAUCUGUCAGGCUACAAUGGAAAUCAUGGAUACUCAGCGUGCCUUGGAAGCUGUGGAGAGAUUGCAAGCCAAACUGAAGGAGAGAGGAGAGGCCCCCACACAGGAGAAACUCUCCCUGCUAAAGACUGUCCUGCAGAGCCCCCUGUUCCAUCAUAUACUCAGCUUACAGCAAGCUCAGCGGAAGCCCCCAGCAAAGGGGAAGAUUUCCAAAUCAGUGUCCAUGAACUGUGGCCCCUGCCAGGGCAUGGGGCUGGACCUGAAGACGCUGAGCCACAGUGACUCUUACACAUGGGCCAUGGAGGGCCGAAGGCCCAGCAAUGCCAGAUCCAUCCACAGGGAUGGCAGCAUCUCUUCUCUUGGCUCACAGGAUCUGUCCUUCGUAGAUAUCUACACAGACAACUGCAUUCAAACUGAAUCCCAAUACUGCACUCCCCCUCGAAUCUCCCGCACCAUGUCGAUGGGGAGAAACCUGUCUGCUAUUGCUCAUGAGAGGCGCCAUGUGGAGAUGAUAGAGCUGGCCAAUGAUGGGAAAGGGCUUGGUUUUGGCAUCAUAGGAGGGCGAAGCACAGGAGUCAUGGUCAAGACCAUCCUUCCUGGUGGAGCUGCUGGACGGGAUAAGCGCCUGCGUAGCGGAGAUCAAAUCCUGCGCAUCGGAGAUACAGAUCUGGCGGGUAUGAACAGCGAACAGGUGGCACAGGUACUGCGAAAUGCUGGUACCAAGGUGAAACUGCUCAUCGCCAGGGACAUAACCAAGGACAAGUACCUUUCCUCUCCUGUCCUCAGCCAGGACAGCUUGGAUGGCAAGCUCAAUGACUUGAAUGAUGACUAUGAGUUCAGUGUGCAGUUCACUAAGAACAGUCGGGGCCUGGGUUUCACCAUUUCUAGCUACAUAGGUGACCUAAACUCAGUCUACAGCGCUGGUGUGAUAGUGAAGAGCAUAGUGAAAGGCAGCACUGUCGAUCAAGAUGGACGCAUCAACAUUGGAGACAUCAUCCUAUCGGUGGACGGGGUGAGUCUGCAGGGCUGCAGUGAGCAGCGUGCCAUGGAGGUGCUGAGGAGGACGAGUCCCCUGGUCAGACUGAGGUUGCUGAGGAAGGCUGUACGUCUGAGUCACAUCCUGCCCCCAGUUCCUCCCCUGCAGCCCCUCCGACACUCCCACAGCUUCCACGAGGGCAAUCCCUACAGACUGGGCCUCAACAAGAUUCAAGAGACAGGAAUCUGCUCGCUGCGUGAAAUCUCCCGUCGAGCAGCAUAUGCCAAUGGACGACCCCGACACAAUUCCAGAAAUGGUGUGAAACUGACACCAGCUGAGGAAGAAGACCUGAGGAAGAGGUGGCAACAUGCAGUUGGACAGCGAUUUGAAGUUAUUGUGUGUCAGGUGGAGCGUUUCAAUGAGACAAGUGGCCUCGGCAUCAGUCUGGAGGCUCGGGCGGGCCAUCACUACCUGUGCUCCGUCUUACCUGAGGGGCCAGUUGGCCAAAGCGGCAAGAUCUUCAAUGGAGACCAGAUAUUGGAGGUGAAUGGGAUCCCUCUCAUUGGAGAGACACAUAAGGAGGUGGUCAAUAUUCUAAAGGAGCUGCCGAUGCGUGUUUGCCUGGUGUGCUCUCACAUUGUACCCCCUGCAAUUCCGAACAGUGAUGAGGAAGAUGACGAUGAUGUUCAUCUCACCCUGAAAGAGCUGCUGGCUGAGUUCAAUGACAAGUUGGACCAGGGUUGUGCUGUUCCCUGUCCUACAGCUGAGGACAUCACCAAGCGUGGCGUGCCCCCCAUGUCACCUCCUCUGGCCAUGUGGGAGAGAGAGGCUCAUGUGGUCGAGCUGGAGAAAGGCGAGUCGGGACUGGGCUUCAGUAUCCUGGACUACCAGGAUCCAGAAGAUGCCACUAAAACAGUUCUGGUAAUCCGGUCCUUGGUGCCUGGAGGUGUAGCAGAUCAAGAUGGUCGCCUCCUGCCUGGUGACCGACUCAUGUUCGUUAAUGAAAGUGACUUGGAAGGCUCCAGCCUGGAUUAUGCCGUGCACGUCCUGAAGUCCACCGGCUAUGGCCCUGUCCGCAUUGGAGUUGCCAAACCACUGCCUCUGGAACUGUGUGGUGGAUUAACACCCAUCUCAGAGAGGAGCCUUCGGGUUUCCUGUGAUGACCCUGAAAGCCACUCUCAGAUCAGCCAGCUAGCAGAGGCUAACACCAACACUUGCAACUCUGAGGGCAACCGCAUCACCCAGCCGUGCUACACUACAACGGAAAACCGGCUACGUCAUCGUUUCGGCAUCAUGGAAGACGAAGAUAGGCAGAAAGCGCCGCUUCCACCGCCCCGCACCAGCUUUGAGAGGACAAUCACUGUUGUCCGGGGCAACCGUGGCCUUGGGAUGUCGGUGAGUGCUAUCAAAGACGGCACAGGCAUGCUGGUGCGCAGUGUGGUCCAGGGGGGCUCUGUUAGCCAGGAUGGCAGGUUGGUGGUCGGGGACGCCAUCUUGGCCAUCAACGGAGAACCUACCUCCAAUCUGACCAACGCCAGGGCCAGAGCCACGCUCCGCAGGCACUCUGUCAUAGGGCCAGAGAUGAGCAUAACCUAUGUCCCGGCCCAUCAGGUGGACGAGUACCGUACCCAUCUGUGUUUACCCCCUCUGGCAUCCAUGGCAGCAGGCACCUCUUCCUCACCCACCCCACCAACCCCUUCUCCAGAACCUGCUGUGGCCCAGGCAAGAUCACCUGGUCCAGUCAGAGCUGCAGCUCCAACUUCAGUUUCAUCCACCCUCAAACCCUCUGCUUCAGUCAAAUUUCAAGCCGCAGCUUCAGAUCCAGCAGAAGUCAGAGCCUCUGCUCCAUCCAAAGCUCCAUUCAAAGGUCCAGCUGUAGUCCAUACCAUCACCCCGGCCCCAGACUCAAGUUGGCAGAUUCCAAAAUCUCAACCUCACAAUAAGAAGGAGGAAGGAAAAGAAGAUGGAGAGAUUGUGAAGGAGAAAAAGCAUAAGAGUAGUGCAGGUGGGAAAGUACCACACCUGGAGGUGGAGAUAAAGGUGGACGGUAAAGAGGAGGGAGAAGAGGAGCUUUAUUCUCAUGCCACAGUUUCUUGGGAUCAACCUAGAAGUGUGCGGCUGACUCGAGCGCCAGGCCAGUCCCUGGGUAUCAGCAUAAUGGGAGGCAGAGGCAUGGGCCGGAGACUGAGCAGUGGAGAGAUGAUGAGGGGAGUCUUCAUCAAGCACAUCAGCCCCGACAGCCCAGCAGCACAUAAUGGCACCCUCCGGACUGGAGACAGGAUACUAGAGGUGUGUGGUGUGAACCUAAGAGAUGCCAGCCAUGAGCAGGCAGUGGAGGCCAUCCGCAGGGCUGGAGACUCUGUGGUCUUCCUGGUGCAGUCUGAACAGCACAGAUCUCAGUCUCCUAUGCUUACCAACCAUGAGAGACUAACUCUGCAGUCCAACUCACACAGCAGCAAGGUACCUUCGCCAACAUCUGAUAGAACGAAUAGGAGAAGCCCCAUAACUGUCGCAACACCAAUCACGAUGGCAGCUGAAGAUGAGGGCGAUACUGGCAGGAAAAAGAUGCUUCAGCGUUAUGGUAGCCUAUCCGGGAAGCUCCAUAUGAUUGAGCUGGAGAAGGACCCUGAGGCUCAAGGCCUGGGAAUCAGCCUCUCAGGGAACAAGGAUGGUUCCAGGGCCCGCAUGAGUGUCCACGUGGCGGAUAUAGACCCUCAAGGACCUGCUGGUUUAGAUGGGAGAAUACGGGUUGGAGACGAGCUACUGGAGAUCAAUGGUCAGAUCUUGUACGGCCGGAGUCACCAAAACGCCUCCGCCAUCAUCAAUAACACUCCAUCGAAAGUCAAGAUAAUUCUCAUCAGGAAUAAAGCAGCUCUGGGUCAAACAGCACAUGGAUCCACAACAGAGUGCAAGGACACAGGCACUGACUCCCAGAUAGACUCUGCACAGCGUGGAGGAUUAUCCACAGACAUCCAGCACAUCACCCUACCUCAGGAUCACGUAGGUCUUGGCCUCUGCCUGGCAGAGGGGGAGUCCAAGGAAGGAGUGGUGGUCAGGUCCCUGAUCCAGCACGGCACUGCCAGUAAGGAUGGCAGGAUAAAGGUUGGAGACAUAAUCAUAGCAGUGGGUGAUGUACCUGUUGCAGGACUGUCAGUGUACAAGGUGUCCAGUUUGAUUCUCAAACAUCGGGUCACUGUCAAGCUCUCCAUCAGACCCUCCAAGAGUCUCUCUUCCUCUUCUUCUUUACCUCUCCCGACAUCCUUUUCCUAUCCCUGCUCUCUCUCUCCUGCUUCACUCCCUGUCUCCUUCUCUUCAUCACUCAAUGCCAUGCAGACCUCUCCCACCGGGCAGUGUGAUUGGCUUGGAUCAGCUCCCACAACCACUGACCCCCUGUACUGCCCAGUUGUGGCUGGCAGGGAAACAACGAUAGAGUUUUGUAAAGGAAAUGUAGGCCUGGGCCUCAGCAUUGUCGGAGGAUGUGACACUCUGCUGGGGGCGGUAAUAAUCCAUGAAGUAAAUGAUGGAGGAGCAGCACAGAGAGAUGGAAGGCUGCAGGCUGGAGACCAGAUAUUAGAGGUAAAUGGUAUAGACCUGCGGCAGGCCACUCAUGAUGAGGCCAUUGGCGUGCUGCGGCUCACCACCCAGCGUGUUCGCCUGUGUGUCUUCAGGCACCAGGAGGCCUACAGGGAGGAGGACCUGUGGGACGUCUUCAGCCUGGAGCUGAGGCCUCGCCCUGGAGAGGGGCUGGGGUUAACCACAGUGGGGAAGACUAAUGACACAGGCGUCUUUGUGUCAGAUAUCAUCAGAGGAGGCGUAGCGGAUUCAGAUGGCAGGUUGUUGCUAGGUGACCAGAUUCUGUCAAUCAAUGGGGAGGAUGUCCGUGCAGCACCGCAGGAACAUGCACACACGCUUCUACAGAGUUGCAGUGGAGCAGUCCACCUGGAGGUGGCUCGUUUUAAAGCUGGACUGCAAUACUCACAGCAGAACCAGGAGUACUUUAAGUUGUGUUUUAUCCAGAGUGAAGACUCUGACUGUUCCACCCUGACCCCCUCAAGUGGAUGUGAUACUUCCUUCGGCCACCAGAGGGAGACAGAUAACAAGACUGGGAGCUACUCAUUUCAAGACUACCCUGACUCCAGAAAAGUAAUAAUAGAAAAGGGUCCAUGUGACUCCUUGGGCAUCAGUGUAGCAGGAGGAGUGGGCAGUCCCCAUGACAACGUACCUCUUUUUAUUGCUACCAUGGAUACCAAUGGACUUGCUGCCAAAACGCAGCAAUUACAGACAGGAGACCGGAUCCUUAGUAUCAAUGAUGUGUCUAUGGAGGGAAUGACUCAUGUCCAAGCUGGAGUCCUGCUGAAGAAUGCCCCAGGAACCGUCAGUCUGCAGGUGGCAGUGGGUUCUGAUGGGUGCAGCACAAAGGACCACAAUGAUAUGCAUGCGCGGACGACAAGCCAGUCCAGCAGCCUGCCACGCUUUCACAACAACCUCUCUGCUCGCACGUAUAAGACCAUCACUCUAGAGAGAGGCUCCUCGGGCCUGGGCUUCAGCAUCGUAGGAGGGUUCAGCAGCCCUCACGGAGACCUGCCGAUCUACAUCAAAACUGUCUUCAACAAGGGGGCGGCCAUAGAGGACGGCAGGCUGAAACGUGGCGAUCAGAUCAUUGCCGUGAAUGGACAUUGUCUGGAGGGCGUGACUCACGCUGAAGCUGUGGACAUCCUCAAGAAGACCAAGGGAACUGUAGUCCUAACAGUACUCUCUUGAGACACGGCCCAUUGUGUCCGGUCGUCAUUAUGUCUUUGAAGAGUAGCCCAUGAAAUAAUGUAGCUGCCUCCUGUAGCACUGCCUCACACAACCCUAAGAAGGGAAACGUGGACAGUUAAAGUGAUAUAGCUUUGUUUAAAAUCAUAGGUAGAGUAGAUACUGUAAGUGUAAAUGUAUCUGAAUUUAGUUUGGGAAAAGCUACCUCUAACUGCAACUGGGUGUUAACAUGCACAGUUUUCCCAAUAUAAACUCCUAUUCCUGUUAAGGUGUUACUAGAACUUAUGUUUUGCGUUGCUGUCAGGCAAAAACCUUGUAUAUCCAAGGCUAAAAUUAGAUGUUUUCAUUUUAGCCUUUACAGAGUUAUUUACCUCAGACAAAGUCAGUUGAAAUCGCCUCUUCACUGUUUAAGUAUUUGUAAAAAACACAGAAAGAAGAAAAGAGAGAAUGAAUAGCACUGAUUUAUUAUUAAGGAAAAAAAAUGGAGAUACAAGGUUUCUGCCCGACAGUGAUGUUAUGUUAUAUUAAUCUUCAUAUCUCAAUCAUGAAUAUCUCUGUGUUCAUACGAAUGGGAUAUUUUUAAAUUUACCAUAGAAACGAUGCUCAUAGAAAUCAAAGCAACAAAAGCAUAUAUUAAAUAAGCCAAUACAGCAGUGUCCUAACGAUGAUGAUAAUGUGUCUUAGUUAUCCCGUUCAAGGUAUUAAUAAUAUAUUUUUGCAUCGAUAUGCAUCAUGUAAACACACUCAUGAAUAAAUGACCAUCUCCAAACUUUUGUAUCUGCCGACCACAUAUCAAUGCAAUAGAAGCAUCUCUCAAGACACAAUGUCACAUUUAUUUAGUGCUGUCUAUAGACUUCUGUUCAUUCAGAGUUAACUACUGUGAUCAACUCCUAAGACUCAAAACAUGCCAAGUGCUUCUGCCAAUCUUUUGUAUGGCAAUAAGGUUUUAGGUUAGACAGUUUUACUUUUAUUCUUUAUUCUCAUAUUGUAAUCAUUAAAAGUGUGGCAUGAUUGCUUGAAUAAUCAAUGUACUUUAAAUAUCCAUAAAACUUUAAAUAUCAGCGAUUUAUUUACCAAGUUUUUAUUUAUUACUGUUUUCAUUAUCUGUAACUUGAUCAGUUGUCUUUCAGGAAGUAUUGUUAUAGUGCAAUGUGCAAUCUUUAUUUAGAAACCUCAUACCUGUUUUAUAUGAAUGUAUUUAUAGUGUGAUAUUUAUGUUUUCGUCACAGUCUUCACAAUAUAUUUAAUUUCAUUCAUGUAAGUAGUCCUCAGAGCCACAGUGUUUGGGAUUGUGUAACAUUGUACAACUGAAUGUACUGUUAGUGAUCUUAUUAAAUGUACAUUUGUUUGAG